CUUUCCACCUUCUCUCCAGUCUCUCUUUUACUACCACAAAUCAUUUACCACUGUUGAAUGAUAUGAGAACGAAGCACGAUGAAAGUUGAAGCGAAGGGAAUCUCACAAACAAAUAUUUUUCUUAGGCUCUUUCAGUUUAUCAAGUAUGGCUUUCGUCGAAACCAUGUUUUUUCUUCUAAUCCAGCAUUUGGUCUCGGCAUCUAGUAAUGCAGUUAUUGGUCAUCUCCAGAGUCCUCAUCACUCUUUGAUUGCAGACAAGGCUGCUCUGCUGGAGUUCAAGAAGGCCAUUGUAUAUGAUCCGUAUUCCAAGCUGGCUAAUUGGAAGGAAGCUGCUGAUGUCUGCAAGUUCACGGGUGUCAGCUGCAACUUCACGGAUGUCAGCUGCAACUUCACGGGUGUCAGCUGCAACACACAGCAUUAUCGCGUAUCAGAUCUCAUUCUGAAGGAUUAUGCACUUGCAGGGAGGCUUUCCCCAUUCAUUUCAAAUCUUACAGGCCUCCGUAACCUGGUGCUAGUUGGAAAUCACUUCUAUGGAACUAUCCCUGCUGAAAUUGGCUCACUCAGGCGCCUCCAUCGUCUACUGCUAGAGGGGAACAACUUUCAUGGUUCAGUACCAGAUUCCUUAGCCCUUCCUUCAGACCUCACUACAGUUAGUCUAUUGCAAAAUAAUUUAACCGGCGCCAUUCCACCUACACUCUUCUCCAACUGCAGUAUGUUAGCGGUUUUAGACCUUUCCAACAACCUUCUUUCCGGAAAAAUUCCGAUAGAGAUUGGAAAUUGUCCAAAACUAUGGAGCCUCAAUUUAUACAACAAUCAGUUCACUGGAGAACUUCCUCUCUUUCUGACCAAUAGCUCACUGGUCAACUUAGAUGUCGAAUAUAACCAUCUUUCUGGAGAGUUGCCCAUCAAGUUUGUACAGAAGUUGCCAAAUAUUCUCUAUCUUCAUUUAUCUAACAAUGAUAUGGUAAGCCACGAUGGCAACACCAAUCUUGACCAAUUUUUCUCUGCCAUCACAAAUUGCACUUCUCUAGAGGAGCUUGAGCUGGCUGGUAUGGGCCUCGGAGGAAUAUUGCCCAGUUCCAUCGGUGGACUUGGUAUCAAUUUUACGAAUCUUUUUCUGCAAGAAAACCAGAUAUUUGGAUCAAUUCCUCCGAAUAUAGGUAAUCUUUCUAAGCUUGUGGUCCUGAAUUUGACAUCCAAUCGUCUGAAUGGAACAAUCUCAGCAAACAUCAGUCAGCUGUCAAAUUUGGAACAGCUUUUCUUAUCACACAACCUGUUCACCGGCGCAAUUCCAGCUGCAUUGGGUCAGAUGACUCACCUCGGCCUGCUUGAUCUCUCUGAUAACUCAUUCUCCGGUGAUAUUCCAAGCAGUAUAGGAAAUUUGGUCAGCCUGAAUUAUCUGUUCCUCAACAACAACCUCCUUUCCGGAUCAAUACCUCCAACAUUAGGACACUGCAUACAACUGUACAAGCUUGAUUUAUCAUACAACAGAUUGACAGGCAGCAUCCCCCCACAAUUAUUGGGUUUGAGUGAGAUCAGAAUUUUUAUAAACCUCUCACACAAUCAACUCGAAGGACCUAUACCGAUUGAACUCAGCAAACUGGAAGAUGUUCAAGAGAUGGAUCUUUCAUCGAACAACCUAAGUGGAAGUAUCUUCCCACAGAUAUCAAGUUGUAUUGCAUUGACCCUGAUUAACUUUUCACACAAUUCUUUGGAGGGGAAACUUCCAGAUUCCAUAGGUGAGCUGAAGAAUCUUGAGUCCCUUGAUAUUUCAGGAAACCGCUUCUCUGGAAAUAUUCCACUAAGCCUCAACAACAGCCGAACGCUUACAUAUCUAAAUCUUUCCUUCAAUAACUUUGAAGGAAUGAUUCCCUCUGGUGGCAUCUUUGAAGCUGUAUCAUAUACAUCUUUCUUGGGCAAUCAGCACCUUUGUGGUACUGUUUCCUUCAGACCUGCUUGCCCCCACAAAAUGCAUCCGUUUCGAUCGCACAUUUUCUUAAUCCUAUUCAGCUUAGUCAUAUUCAUUUCAACAUCCCUAUCAAUACUAUGCUCUGUGAUUGCAAUCUGGCACAUUCAGGCACUAAUCUCAGCUCAGAGGACUGCGACAGCAAGAAAACCAACACAACCAGAAUUGGUUCACAGUUUCCCAAGAGUCACAUAUCGAGAUCUGUCGGAUGCCACUAACGGAUUUGAUGAUCAGAGACUGAUUGGAACUGGCAGCUAUGGACGCGUGUACAGGGGAGUUCUUCCAAAUGGGACAACAAUAGCAGUCAAGGUCUUACAGUUGCAAUCUGGAAAUUCAACAAAGAGUUUUACCAGAGAGUGCCAGGUCUUGAGGAGAAUUAGGCACAGAAACCUUAUAAGGAUUAUAACAGCAUGCAGUCUACCGGACUUUAAGGCCAUUGUUCUUCCUUAUAUGGCAAACGGUAGCUUAGAAAGCUGUCUCUAUCAACAUUCGAAGACAGGUCUGCGUUCAGGUUCUUCUGAUUUGAGCCUGAUCCAAAGGGUGAACAUUUGCAGUGACAUAGCUGAAGGGAUGGCAUAUCUACAUCACCACUCUCCAGUCAAAGUUAUACACUGUGAUCUAAAACCGAGCAAUGUUCUUCUCAACAAUGACAUGACAGCUUUAGUUUCCGAUUUUGGGAUCGCAAGAUUGCUGAUAGCUGGAGGUGGAAAUUCAGCUCUUGAGAACAUGGGAAACUCUACUGCAAAUAUGUUAUUCGGAUCCAUUGGAUACAUAGCACCAGAAUACGGGUAUGGUUCUAAUGCAUCUACAAAAGGUGAUGUUUACAGCUUCGGCGUUCUGGUUCUAGAGAUGGUGACAAGAAAAAGGCCAACAGAUGACAUGUUUGUUGGAGGGCUAAACCUGCACAGGUGGGUUAAGAACCAUUGUCAUGGAAGGGUUGAAAAAGUGGUUGACUUCUCCCUAAUGAGAGCUUCUAGAGAUCAAUCCGCCGAGGUGAGAAAGAUGUGGGAUGUUGCAAUUGGAGAGUUGAUAGAGUUGGGAAUCCUCUGCACGCAGGAGUCCCCCUCCACUAGGCCGACAAUGCUCGAUGCUGCGGAUGACUUGGAUCGACUGAAGAGAUAUCUCUGUGGGGAUACUACUGCAACAUUUGCCCCUUCACUCGGAAUUUCUUCUUCUACCCUAGACGGUGACUAGCAUCUCGGAUCCCGUAUAUUUUUUUAACGAAAUGCUUUCUUUCUGUUUCUAGCUCUAUGUCAAACUUGUCUUGCAAUCAGCAUAGAAUCUCUUACAUUCUUAUCGAUCAACAGUAAGAACAAUGAUCACAGUUGGAUUCAAAAGCUUCUGCAA